AUGUUUAAUCAUUCAACUAAAAAUUUGACCAGAGCAGAUAAAUCCAAGUUACAAAAAGAAGUAAAUACAAAUAACCAAAAUGCAUUUGAUAACUUAGUUUUAGCUAAUUUAAUAAACAAUAUUGUUGAGCAUGCUAGUAAACAGUCUCAUAUAUCUUUAUUUAUCAAUACUUCUGAAUCUGAAUUGCAGGCCAAUUCUGAUCCUAGAUUGCAAGAACUUGGAUAUGAAUCUGAU